UUUAAUGCUAAUUUCAUAACAAUUGACCUUGAAGUUAUUGUAGACACAUUUUUGAAAUGCAGAAGUGGUUUCUGUCUGAAUAUGUAGAACCGCUUGAAGGGCUUCACAGGCUUUUGGAAGUUGACAGGGUCACUGUGAAGCAAAUAAAAAAGAACCAAAGUUCAAAGUUACAUGAUGCAGUAGUUUAUGAAGCCCUGCUAGAUACUUCUGAACUUCUUUUAAAAUUUGUUGAAAAGUCUAGCUUUGCACAAAGAUUUUGGUGUGGAUCUCACAGAGCAUUCGAUAUGGAAGUGCGAAAUGUAAACGGAAAACUUGUUAUGCAUCUCCAACGGCCAUUGAAGUGUUCAGCAGUUGUAUGUUUUUGUUGUCCUUAUGAAAUGAAAGUUGAAGCUCCAGUAGGUGAACCAAUGGGUAGUAUUGUUCAAAAUUAUGGACGAUUCGGUCAUACAUUUUACCUGAAAGAUUGGAAUGAUAAUAUAAAUUUAGAUAUAAAAGGUCCUUGGUUUUCUUAUACCUGUUGUUUUGAUCUUAUUUUUAAGAUUUAUGCACAUGGACAUAAUAGAUCAAUUGGACGGAUAAUAUGUCGUCGAGAUCAAGAAAAUGAUAGUUUUCGUGUUGACUUCCCUUUAGACUUGGAUUAUCGUAUGAAACUUUUGCUUAUUUGUGCUGCAAUAUUUUUGAAUACAAAGUAGUUUCUAACACAAUUUAUGGAAAUUCUGGCAGUACAAUGAAUUAUCAGUAAAGAAAAUACAAAUAAAAAAAGGAUAAUAAUAUUUAUAAUUAUUAACUAUAUGUUCUACAUAUUUAAAGAUUUUGUAUACUUUGGGACUAA